AGAGUGCAAACAGCUUAUGUGGAUUCAGCUGUCAGUUGUGGACUUUUCCCUUUGUAAUGACUCUUUGAAAGGGUCUCCUUUAAUCAGCCAUUCCUGUACCACAUAAGAACUUAUCCUACCCCACAGUACUUUUAUUUAUAUACCAACCUAAACCAUCGUUGUGAGACCAAAUUAUACUACUAGAACAUCUGGGUUCAUUCUGUUUUUUGGAAAAGUUUUUAUUGUGAAUGAGCGAUUUACAAAGAAAGAAGACUGUUCUAAAUGUCAUUAUUUUCGUGGCAUUCAUGUAACACAGUAUUGACCAAACCUUAUAGGUGACUCAGCAGUGAAGCAGCCAUGGCAGCAUCCAACUGGGGACUUAUCAUGAACAUAGUCAACAGUAUUGUGGGGGUCAGUGUGCUGACAAUGCCAUUCUGUUUCCAACAGUGUGGCAUACUCCUGGGCACUCUGCUUCUUAUGUUGUGCACCUGGAUGGCGCACCAUUCCUGCAUGUUCCUUGUGAAAUCAGCCAGUGUUAGCAAACGCAGGACAUAUGCUGGCCUUGCUUUUCAUGCCUAUGGAAAAGUCGGGAAAAUGAUGGUGGAAACCAGUAUGAUUGGGCUAAUGCUAGGAACCUGCAUUGCUUUUUAUGUUGUGAUUGGUGAUCUUGGCUCCUCAUUCUUCGCAAGAUUAUUUGGGCUUGAGGUGAGCGAAGGAUUCCGUGUGUUUCUUCUAUUUUCAGUCUCCUUAUGUAUUGUGCUCCCCCUCAGCUUGCAGCGGAACAUGAUGGCUUUCAUUCAGUCCUUCAGUGCUAUGGCUCUUAUGUUCUACACUGUGUUCAUGUUUGUGAUUGUGCUGUCUUCUUUUAAACAUGGACUUUUCAGUGGACAGUGGUUGAAACACGUGAGUUACAUUCGCUGGGAAGGUGUUUUCCGCUGCAUUCCAAUCUAUGGCAUGUCAUUUGCUUGCCAAUCUCAAGUCCUGCCAACGUAUGACAGCCUGGAUGACCCAUCCGUUAAAAUAAUGAGUUCCAUCUUUGCUCUAUCCCUAAAUGUUGUGACCACAUUCUAUAUAACGGUUGGCUUCUUUGGUUAUGUUAGCUUUCCUGAAACCAUUGCUGGGAAUGUGCUUGUGAACUUCCCUUCCAAUCUAGUGACAGAGAUGAUCAGAGUGGGCUUCAUGAUGUCUGUAGCAGUUGGUUUUCCAAUGAUGAUCCUGCCCUGUAGGCAAGCCCUGAACACCCUUUUAUUUGAGCAGCAGCAAAAGGAUGGGACAUUUACUGCAGGAGGAUAUAUGCCGCCAUUACGAUUUAAAAUCCUUACACUGGUUGUAGUGUUUGGUACGAUGCUGGGUGGCAUACUCAUACCAAAUGUGGAGACAAUUCUGGGUCUUACGGGAGCAACCAUGGGAAGUCUGAUUUGCUUAAUUUGCCCUGCUCUCAUCUAUAAGAAGAUCCACAAGAAAGGUCUUGCGUCUCAGUUUAUCCUGGGAGUAGGACUUUUGAUUUUGGUGAUAAGCACUUACACUACUUUAACAGUGACUGAGGAGCCAACACAAAUCAAAUCGGAACUGCUGGAAAGAAUUGAUCUAAAGGAGGAAAAGGAUCCUGAGCAAAUUAAUUCUCAAAAAUCAGAUGAAAAGGCCAAAGUGGAACAACCAGGUGAUAACAGGGAUAAACCCAAGUUGCCUCCCAAGAACCCAGAAGAAGAGCAAAUUAAGGGACCUAUAGAGGGUCCUCAAAAAGAAAAGGACACAAAGAAGCAGGAGGAGGUACAGCUAGAUCGGCCUGAUCAAGGGGACAUUGCAGUACCUGUGGGAGAGGCCCAUAGACAUGAGCCACCUAUACCCCAAGAUGAGGUAGCUGUUGAUGAGAAGAAAGACCAGGGAGAAAGAGAGGAGAAGAAAGAAUCUGUGGUGGACAUUAACAGUACUGAAAAGAAAGAUAAGCAACAAAUAAACUUGGAAAAAGAGCCAGAAAUAAAAGACCAGGCUGAGGCCAACAAGGGCAUAAAUGAGCCUGUGCCACAGAAGCCACCACAAGAAGUGGAUGACCCUAAUAAGCAGCAGCUGGUGAAUCCUCCAACCCCAAGAUUAAAAGAGCAGCCUCCAUUCAAGGACCUGGAAGGUAUCAUUAAGGAUCUGGCUGUUCCUGUGGAAAUCAAGAAAAAUGCAGAGAUUGCAGAAGAGAAAGACAACAAUGAUUUUGCUAAUCCUGUAAAGGCCAUAGAGAAUCCACCCAUUAAAGAUGAGAAAAAUGAGCAAAUACCUGGUGACCCUGGGAAAGAAUCACACGUGGAACCAAAAGCAGAAGAUAAUCAAGCAGAAGCUGGGAAGGCAGAGCUGCUGGACCAUGCAUUUUUACUACAAGUAAUCAAGGAGCAGCAGGUGCAGCAAAAGCGUUUGUUGGAUCAGCAGGAAAAACUCCUGGAAGUAAUAAAAGAGCAGCACAUGGAAAUUCACCAGCAGAAGGGGGAUGAAGAUCAACAAGAUAAACUUGAAGGCAAUAUAGCAGACAAAAAUAAGGAGGAGCUGAAAGCAGAAGCCAGAGUGGCACAGAAGCCACUAGAGGGGGACAAGUUGGAGAAUGUAGGAGAAGUGAAUGCCAAGGUGGAUAAACCUGCAGUAGAGGAGCAUGUAGUUGUGGUGGAAAAAGAACAACCGGCUUUGAAUCAAGUGGUUAAGGGAAAUGUGCCAGAUGUAAAAAAGAAUGACCAUAAGAUUGAAGCUCCCAAAAUUAAUGUAGAGGAAGUGAAAGUGCCAAUUUCAGCUGGCAAACACAAAAAACAAUCUGUACAGGAAAACCUUAUUCACCAACAAGAUGUUGACCAGGGAGCUAGUGAUAACUAUAAGCAGCGGGAGAAAGCAGUGGCUGCAAAUAAAGAUUAUGUUCUUGGGCACAUUAUCCAGCAGGAAACUGCAAAUCCAAUAGAUCCUAUAACACUACCAGACCUACAGGACAAAUUGGGAAAAUUAGCAUUGCAUCAGACUGAACCAAAACAGAAACCUGUUAAAAUAGCUGGCAUAGGAGAGAAAAAGCUUGGUGCUGUGCAAGAAGAAAAAAUACUGGUUCAGAAAGGACAAGAAGCACAGGCUGAUAAGGUGAUACAGGAUAAUUACAAUCCAGUGCCAGACCAUGGACUGCAUGAAAAUAAUAAUGCUGAUGCACCUGCAACCAUUAAUGUUGAAGCCAAGAAAGAACAUAUUGAAAAGCCAAAAGAUGGAGCUGUCCUAGAGCAUGAUGAGGGUAAGCAAAACAGAGAUCUGAAACUGCAGAAUGAUAUGGAUUUGAGAAGAAAAAAGAGAGAUUUGGCUUUGGUACAGCAAGAAAAUGAUGGAGCACAGAUAAUCAGUUUCCAUCCUGUGCCCAACCUAAAAGUAAACGACCUGCGUGGUGCUCUUGAGGCGCGACUCAAUCAAAUGGUUGAUGGAGGGUUACAGGUUGUUCAGAGCCGGAAAAUCAAACAGUUAAUAGAUGAAGAAAAGAAUAGAUGAGCACAAAGAAAACCGCAUGUAAUAAUUUUACUAGAAACUGAAAAUUUAUAAAGCUUCUGUAAGGUUCAUGAUUGUGCACACACAACCAAUAAACAAUCUAUGACUUGAACAGUAUUAAAGGGGUUGUUCACCUUCAAACAACUAGUUGUUUUCAGAUAGAUCACCCGAAAUAAACACUUUUUCCAAUUACUUUCUAUUUUCUAUGUGUCACUGUUUUUCUAAUAUUGAAGUGUAAAGUGUAAUUUUCACAUUAUAAAGCAGCUCUGGUGGGGGGGGGGGUGGCCGACCCUGUGAACUGUCCUAAAUUGAUACAUUUACUUGAUACAUUUUUUAUCUUUGUCCCUGCUGAACAGAAUCUCUGGGUUUCAUUACAGGCAGCUGUUAGACAUGAUACAAUAGUUGUUAAUACUCCAGAGAUGCUGCUGAAAAAUGUAUCAACUAACUGUUGAAAAUUGUAACAGUUUAGAGUCUGUCCCUGAGUUACUGAGCUGUCAGACUGAAACACCAGGGACAGGAAUAUUCAAUUCUAAACUUAGAUGGUGGAACAACAGUAAAAAGUAAUAAUGGAAAGUAAUUGAAAAAAGUCUUUAUUUCUGGGGAACAAUCUGAAAACAACUGAACUGAAAAAGUGUUUGGAGUUGAACAACCCAUUUUAACUGUGUGUGUUACAGGGUCUUGAAAAUCCCAUCCUUCCUUUAAAAAAGUCCUAUUAAAUCAAUACUAGAAUUGUCUGGUAUUGCAGAGGAGGCUGCAAUUGCUGCCAGCCAGAAUAUUGUCCUUGGGGUGGAAAACAACUCGCAGUCUUUAUUGGUUUUAAGAAAACACAGUAUCAUAAACCUUGAAAGGAACGCCCAUUAAUAUGCUGCAGUGACAACAGGUCUAGAAAUAGUAUACUAUAUUUGAACAUGGGUCUUUGAGCUAUAAUCUAGGGAGCAAAAGUACUCCUCCCCAAGGUCUAUGUGAUGUAUAUGUUGGUCGCAAGCUUGUUGACCGUGUUUUACACAGUUACCAAAAUUAGAAUAGAGUUGUCUAACUGUAGUGCCCAGCUGCUGUCAGUUGGACUGCCAGGUAGACAUCUCUGCUUUAGCUUAAAUAUUAAGUGUUUACACUAAUGAUUUGUAGUUCUGUCUAAUAGGAUGACGUAACAUAAUGAAUUUUAUGAGGUAGUGCACAAUAGAAACGAUAGUACCACCUACUGUUGAAUUAUCCUGACUAGCCACAUGUAGCAGAAUACUUUGUGAGCAGGGCAAAAUCGUGUAAUGUUGCUUACUAGAUUCACUAGUCCGUUCUAAGCAGAGGAACAUCACACCUCUGCUUAUUAAUUUAUUUUUUUGCUAACUGUGGCUGGUCAGCAGUCAGAAUCAUUUUCUGCCAACUGUGGCUGGUUGGCAGACUCGAAAGAUAGGUGGUUGUUGUUUUAAUUUCACUAUAUUCCUGUAAAAACUGUGACUAUAUUGAAAA